CAGUUUGAAUUGUCUCUUUUAGUGCUCAAAAAAAAGAUUAAAUUAUUUUUCUUUUCUAAACCCUUUCACACUCAAAAUCUAGGGUUUUGGUUUUGGCAUAGACCGCAUUUGGUGCUUUGGAAUAAUAAGAAAAAAAAUUUCACUUUAGCUGUAACUCAAAAAUAUGUCUUUAUUCUCUCUUUCUAAUUCCACAAUUCACAGCUUCCAUCAAAAGCAUCGAAUUCCUUAAGGCUUCAAUUCAACUCAAUUCAAUUCCCGACUUCGCAUAUAUAAUACUUCAAAACCUGUCAAUACUUGCUAUACAACCCAAGCUUCUCUGUCUGUCUGUCUGUAUCUCUGUAAUUUUUGUAGAAUUUGACAGAGAAAAUGAGCACUUCAGUUUUCAACUCAGUUUACCUUGAUGGUGGCUGUUUGUGCAAGGGUCAAGUGAAAUUUUCAACUUUGAGAAAACGAAAUGAGCACAGGCAAUGUGUUGUAAGAUCCGCGGCAUUGUCAACCAGAAGCUUGCAGAUUAGAAAUUCGAAACAGGAAAAGGAAGCUCGUGUUGCUCUUCUUGGUGCCAGUGGCUACACUGGUGCAGAGAUUAUACGACUCCUUGCAAAUCAUCCAUUCUUUGAAAUUAGUGUAAUGACUGCGGACAAAAAUGCUGGCAAAUCAAUUGAGUCAGUGUUCCCUCAUUUCAUUUCAAAAAAGGAUCUACCAGUUUUGGUUUCCACUAAUGAUGCAAGUUUUUCUGAUGUGGAUGCUGUAUUCUGUUGUUUGCCUCAUGGAACAACACAGGAAAUCAUUAAAGGUCUUCCCAGAAAGUUAAAGAUCGUUGAUCUUUCUGCAGACUUCCGUCUACGAGAUAUUUCUGAGUAUGAAGAAUGGUAUGGCCAGUCACAUAGAGCACCAGAUUUGCAGGAAGAAGCCAUAUAUGGUUUGACAGAGAUUUUCAGAAAGGAAAUAAAAUAUGCACGGCUAGUUGCUAAUCCUGGUUGUUAUCCAACAUCAAUUCAACUCCCUCUUGUUCCUUUACUAAAGGCUAAUCUCAUUGCAUAUAAAAAUAUCAUCAUUGACGCAAAGUCUGGCGUGAGUGGAGCAGGGCGUGGUGCCAAGGUUGCAAAUCUGUAUACUGAAUUAACAGAAGGAAUUAUGUCUUAUGGUGUUACACGGCACCGUCAUGUUCCGGAGAUUGAACAGGGACUAUCUGACGUUGCACAUUCAAAAGUAACUGUCAGUUUCACCCCACACUUGAUGCCAAUGAGCCGCGGAAUGCAAUCAACUAUAUAUGUGGAAAUGGCUUCAGGAGUGACCACUGAGGACUUGUACCAGCAAUUGAAGGUUUCCUAUGAGAAUGAAGAAUUCAUUAAGUUAUUGGAGAAAGGAGUUGUACCUCGCACUCAUGAUGUUCGAGGUUCUAAUUUUUGCUACCUGAAUGUCUUUCCUGAUCGAAUUCCUGGUAGAGCAAUAAUUAUAUCAGUUAUUGAUAAUCUAAUAAAGGGUGCUUCUGGCCAAGCUUUACAAAAUCUAAACAUAAUGAUGGGAUUUCCAGAAAAUACGGGGCUUCACAACUUGCCCUUGUUCCCUUGAAACAUCUAUUCCUCAUCCUAACACAAGUAAUAUGGAAAACUAAAUUUCUGAAGGCUCUUAUGGCGCCUUGAAGAGAUCUUCAGUGAGGCUGACUGUUGAGUGUUGAGAGUGUUGCUAUUAGCAUGGACCAACUUAAUAAAGAUUAGAUAUAUGCAACUAAAUAAGUAAUUUUUGUCUUUUGUAAUCUUAAUUUAACAAAGCAAAAACUUUUUAUUCCAAUGAAAUUUCCAUUCCAUUUUGCCUCAA